UCUCCCCUCCAGAGUUGUCUGCUUCUGUCCCUUACCAUGUUUUUCACAACUCAUUUAUUGCACCAGCUUUUUGCUUGCUUAACAAUGCAGACAAGAACUGUACAAGUGAAGAACCUGUCAGAUCUAGCUACUGAGAGGGAGAUUCAUGAGUUCUUUUCAUUUUCUGGUGAUAUUGAGCACAUUGAAAUUAUAAGUGAAACUAGCCAAUUAAAGACUGCAUAUGUUACCUUCAAAGAUCCCAAAGCGCUUGAAAUCGCCUUAUUGUUAUCGGGAGCAACACUCGUUGACAAGAUUGUGAACAUAAUUUCUGCAGAAAAUUAUGUACCGAAACUCGAGAUUCAUGAAUCAAGAGCAGCAGACGGCAUUAUGUCCGUUUCUCCUGCUGGGCAUAGUGCAUCAAAUGAUGAGGUGCCGGUUUUAAAUUUAUUCCGUAUAAAAAUGUUUCCAAACUUAAGCGGGUCACAUAUCCCAUUCAGAGUAUCCUCAUCUUCAAUGACGAGAGGGUCUCUCAUAGGAGUAAACUGA